AUGAGUGAGGAGGAGACCAAGUUCAGCGUCCUAUGCAGCCUCUUCAACUGGAUGCAAAGAAGCAAAACCUCAACCCUAAAGCGCUCCAAAUUCCGCAAAUUUCUCGACACUUUCUGUAAACCUGCUGAUUAUUUCGAUUCGAUUCGCCUAAUUCUUCCCAGCCUCGACCGCGAGCGCGGCAGCUAUGGCCUUAAGGAGUCUGUGCUCGCCACCUGCCUCAUUGACGCUCUCGGCAUGGCCAGAGACUCCGAGGAUGCUCUUCGCCUCAUCAAUUGGCGCAAAGGCGGCGCCAAGACUGGUGUCAAUGCCGGCAACUUCUCGCUCGUGGCCUCCGAGGUGCUGCAACGUAGACAAGGAGUGAGUUCAGGUGGAUUAACAAUCAAGGAGUUAAAUGACUUGCUUGAUCGUUUAGCUUCAAGUGAAAAUAGGGCAGAGAAGACUUCAGUUCUUUCUACAUUGAUAAAGAAGACAAAUGCACAGGAAAUGAAGUGGAUUGUCAUGAUUAUUCUUAAAGAUCUGAAGCUGGGAACUAGUGAAAAGAGCAUUUUUCAUGAAUUUCAUCCAGAUGCUGAAGACUUGUUUAAUGUCACAUGUGACUUGAAAUUGGUUUGUGAAAAGCUGAGGGAUAGAAAUCAGCGUCAUAAACGCCAGGACAUUGAAGUUGGAAAAGCUGUACGCCCACAACUAGCUAUGAGAGUUGGCGAUGCAACUAUUGCAUGGAAAAAGCUUCAUGGUAAGGAAGUGGUUGUUGAGUGUAAAUUUGAUGGGGAUCGCAUCCAAAUUCAUAAGAACGGAACUGAAAUACAUUACUUUUCAAGGAAUUUUCUUGAUCACCCUGAAUAUGGACAUGCAAUGUCAGACAUUGUUAUACAAAAUGUUCUGGCUGAUAGGUGUAUUCUUGAUGGUGAAAUGUUGGUCUGGGACACAUCUUCCAAUCGUUUUGCUGAGUUUGGUUCAAAUCAAGAAAUAGCCAAGGCAGCAAGGGAUGGACUUGACAGUGAUAGACAGUUGUGCUAUGUUGCAUUCGAUAUCCUCUAUGUUGGAGAUACUAGUGUAAUUCACCAGAGCUUGAAGGAACGGCAUGAACUUCUCCAGAAAGUUGUGAAACCUUUGAAGGGUCGUUUAGAAAUUUUAGUACCUAAUGGUGGUCUUAACACUCACCGUUCUGAAGGGGAUCCUUGUUGGUCGCUUAUUGCUCGUAGUGUGGAUGAUGUCGAGAGGUUUUUCAAAGAAACCAUCGAAAAUAGAGAUGAGGGGAUUGUUUUGAAGGACCUUGGUUCUAAAUGGGAACCUAGUGAUCGGAAUGGAAAGUGGUUAAAAUUAAAGCCAGAUUACAUUCGUGCAGGCUCUGAUUUGGAUGUUCUUAUCAUAGGUGGAUACUACGGUUCUGGACGUCGUGGAGGGGAGGUAGCUCAAUUCUUGGUGGGUCUUGCUGAACGUCCAGUACCAAAUACAUAUCCUAGAAGAUUUGUAUCCUUUUGCAGAGUGGGCACUGGACUUUCUGAUGAGGAUCUAGAAGCUGUUGCAACCAAAUUAAAGCCUUAUUUGAGGAAAUAUGAGUACCCAAAAAAGGCUCCACCAAGUUUUUAUCAAGUAACAAACAAUUCAAAAGAGAGACCAGAUGUUUGGGUUGAAAGCCCCGAGAAAUCAAUAAUACUUUCUAUAACGAGUGACAUCAGAACUAUAAGGUCUGAGGUUUUUUCUGCACCAUACAGCCUGAGAUUUCCACGUAUUGAUCGAGUUAGAUAUGAUAAACCUUGGCAUGAAUGUCUUGAUGUGGAAUCAUUUAUAGAGCUUGUACAUUCAAGCAAUGGGACCACACAAAGGGGAACGGAUUACGGUGCUCUGCAGGAUACUAAAACAAAACACAAGAAAUCCUCUAGAAAGGAAGAAAAAAGAAAUCUUUCUGUUGUUCCCUCUCAUUUAGUUCAGACUGAUGUUUCCAGCGUCAAGGAGGACACAUUACUAUUUUCAAAUAUGAUGUUUUACUUUGUUAAUGUGCCUCCCACUAAUUCUCUUGAUUUCUUGCACAAACUUGUUGUUGAGAAUGGGGGUACUUUCUCUAUGAACUUGAAUAACGCAGUUACACACUGUGUUGCAGCUGAUAGCAAGGGGAUUAAAUAUCAGGCAGCAAAGCGUCAUGGAGAUAUAAUUCAUUUCUCUUGGGUAUUGGAUUGUUGUUCUCAAAAGAGACUUCUUGCUUUACAGCCAAAGUACUAUCUCUUCAUAUCUGAAUCUUCAAAAAAUAAGUUACAAGAAGAAAUUGAUGAAUUUUCUGACUCGUACUACUGGGAUCUUGACCUUGCAGACAUUAAGCAGCUUUUAAGCAACAUGUAUAGAUCCAAGGAUUCCAAAACUAUCAACCACUACAAGAAAAAAUACUGUCCAAUGGAGAAAUGGUCUCGCUUUCACGGCUGCUGCAUUUACUUUAACCCAUCAACUCAUUCCUUGAAACCGGAUUGGGAAGUCCUUUUACAAUUCACACUCAGAAGGUUGAAGAUUCAAGUUCUCAUAAGUGGUGGCAGAGUCACUGACAGUAUUGCUCAUGCGACUCAUUUGGUAGUCUUGUCAGUGCAGGGUCUUGAUGUCGAUUUUGAAACUUUAUUGCAAAGUUUCACUGAAUCAGAGAAACGAUUUCUGCAUAACAAAAAGUUGCAUAUCGUUGGAUCUCAAUGGUUGGAAGACUGCUUGGAAAGGGACCAGAGACUGCAAGAAGAAACAUAUAGCUUAAAACCGAAUGGGUUGGAAGAAUUCAGCAUGGAAGAGUGGAAACAUGACAUGGAUCUAGAAGAAGCACCCUCUGAUGUGGACACUCUGCAAAUCAACAAUUCUUCUUCUUCUCCUAACCAAGAAGGAAAAGAGAUAGGAGGCAAAGAAGCUCCAGAAAACUAUAGGAUCUUAGCCUCACCUGAGAGGGAAAGCAAAAGGAAAAGAGGAAGACCUGCUCUCACAAGCAUGAACAAAGGAAAACCUGGUGUCAACCAAGCUCGGAGAACACGGGUGCGCAUUGGAAGGAAGCCUGCUAAAAUAUCAGGAAAUGAGUCAGAUGGUGGCUCUCAUGAUAACACAUUACUUGCGGAAGAGGUUGAUAAGGAAGAAAGGAAACAUGGAAUGAUGAGUGACGCAAGUUUAGACAUCCAAGAAAAUGAAGCAAUUAAAGAUUCUGAAUCAUUACAAAGAGACAAUGCAGCUGUGCAAGAGGUUGCUGAAGACAUUAGCUUUGAGGACCAUUCUUAUCGAAUUCCUGAUGUCGAAAUGAUUGAGAAGUGUAAUAUCGAAAGCAGUGGAACGCCGGAGAAACUUGAAGUUAUGGCUGAUCCUGUUCAAGCCAUGUUGUUUGACAUGAUUCCAAGUCUUGCUAUGAAGAAAGUUGAAACUACAAACACGAGUAUUGAAAAGGAAAAAUCAGCAGUAGAUCUGAAUGCAGGACCUUCAAAGAAAAAGAAAGUUAGCUACAAGGAUGUUGCUGGUGAGCUGCUCAAGGAUUGGUAA